UUUGAUUUAGAUUAACAUCAAACGAUAACUCGACGGUAGCGCCGAUCAAGGCGCCGCCACGAACCACCGUCCACGCAACACCGGGCAGUCUCCACGCCAAAACAAACUUUUGAUUCGCGCGAAGUGUAUUCCGCCCCCCCAAAAUCUCUCUGCUCUAUCCCCACGAUUAUCAUUUUUUAUCAACUGUAGAGAGGGAAAACGAACCGCAGAGAGAGAGAGAGAGAGAGAGAGAGAGAGAGAGACGAAGCGUCUUGGGGGGUUUCCUGUUCUUGAAGCGAUGGCGAGCAAGUACAAGAAUGGCGAGAUUUGGGGAUUCGAGAAGGAAGGCUUGGCUAAUGGUGGCUCUGAGCUCGACGAUGAUAAAGGCAGUGUGAUUUUGGGUCUGGACGGCGGCGCCACCUCCACCGUCUGCGUGUGCCUCCCACUCCUCCGCGCUGUGCCGGACGCCGAUCUCCCUCUUCCGAUUCUCGCUCGCUCCGUCGCCGGUUGCUCCAACCACAACAGUGUUGGGGAAGCUGCAGCCAGGGAUACAUUAGAACAGGUUAUUGCAGAAACCCUUCUAAAAUCUGGUUCAAAGCGAUCUGCUGUUCGAGCUGUUUGUUUAGGUGUAUCUGGUGUUAACCAUCCAAAGGACCAGGAAAGGAUAUUAAAGUGGCUAAGGGACAUAUUCCCAAGCCAUGUAAAGGUAUUUGUUCAUAAUGAUGCUGUAGCAGCUUUGGCAAGUGGGACGUUUGGUAAACUUCAUGGCUGCGUUUUAAUUGCCGGUACAGGUUGCAUUUCUUAUGGAUUCGCUGAAGAUGGGCGUGAAGCUCAUGCUGCAGGUGCUGGACCUAUCUUAGGUGAUUGGGGCAGUGGCUAUGGAAUUGCUGCACAGGCAUUGACAGCAGUGAUGAGGGCUCAUGAUGGUCGGGGUCCCCAAACAACACUUACUGAAAGCAUUUUACAGAAGCUUGGUCUCCAUUCUCCAGAUGAACUUAUUGGGUGGACCUACGCAGAUCCAUCUUGGGCACGCAUUGCAGCACUUGCCCCAGUAGUGGUAUCCUGCGCCGAAGCAGGGGAUCAUAUAGCAAAUAAGAUUUUAAAUGAUGCAGUCCAAGAAUUGGCUCUAUCUGUGAAAGCAGUUGUUGAAAGGCUUUGCCUAGCAGGAGCAGAUGGAACUGGCUCUUUUCCAAUUGUGAUGGUUGGUGGUGUUCUCGAAGCUAACAAGAAUCGGGAUAUAGGGAAAGAAGUUAUUGACUGUAUCCAGAAGACUUACCCCAAAGCUUGUCCAAUUAAACCAAAGGUGGAGCCUGCAGUCGGGGCGGCUCUUCUCAGUUGGCAUGUUUUGAUGAAAGAAUAAGAAGGAAACAGAGCAGUAGAGGAUCUGGAAUGUGUUUAGAAGCAUCCUAAUGUGUAAAUUCAACAUAAACUAAACAUAUGUGCAGACAGAUGAUUCUAGCCCAUUAAUUAAAGCUUGGACCCAUCUUUCUAUGGAUGUAACAGAGUUUGGACAAGUGCCGAUUGUUGUGCUGAAUAAUAAUAAUAAUAAUUAAAGUUUGCUUUGUUGCUCCAAAUUUUAUUUUC